AGUCGCUGCGGUGGCCGCGGGCGGGAGGGGCGUAGGGUAAGUGCUCCGGCGCUGGGACGGGGGGCGCGCGGCCCCCAUUCCGAGCCCUCCCAGCCGGCGCCUUCCGAGGAGCGGACCCUCAUCCCCGUCGCCGUUCCCCCGCCAGCCUGCCGGGGACCCCGCCCCCAGUUGCCCUCUGUUCUAGCGUUUACCAGGGCGGACGGUCAUUCCCCGGGGGACCCCUCCCCCAGCCCUUGUCCAGAGGGUACUAGAGUCAGGUGGGGGGGGGGGGGCAGGAGACAGUAUGCCACGCGACAUGGGAGGGAAGUCCCUCUUGGCCUCAGUUACCUCCCCUUGAAAAACGGGAGCCUUGGUAAGAACUGCCCUUCUGCACGGCGGCGGCGGCGCGCUUAACGUGGGGACAGGUGCCUUCAUUCAUCACACGCUGAGCGCAGCAACAGGUGAGAUCCAGAGAGGACAGGAAAAUGGCCACCUGGGAUGAAAAGGCUGGCUCCCGCAGGGCCAAAGUGGCUCCGGCAGAGAGGAUGAGCAAGUUCUUGAAGCAUUUCACUGUCGUUGGGGAUGAUUACCAUGCCUGGAACAUCAACUACAAGAAAUGGGAGAAUGAGGAGGAUGAGGAGGACGAGGAGGAACAGCCGCCACCAACACCUGCCUCCGGUGAGGAGGGCAGAGCUGCCGACCCGGCUGCGGCCCCUGUCCCUGCGCCCAGGCCCCCCCUAGACUUCAGGACCACAUUGAGGAAGCUGUUCAGCUCCCACAGGUUUCAGGUUAUCAUCAUUUGCCUGGUCAUUCUGGAUGCCCUCCUGGUGCUCGCUGAGCUCAUUCUGGACCUGAAGAUCAUCAAGGCUGACAAGAACGCCGUCAAGGUGUUUCACUGCAUGAGCAUUGCCAUCUUGACCUUCUUUAUGAUGGAGAUUUUUCUAAAAUUAUAUGUCUUCCGCUUGGAGUUCUUCCACCACAAGUUUGAAAUCCUGGACACCAUCGUGGUGGUGAUUUCCUUCAUCCUUGACAUUGUCCUCCUGUUCCAUGAGCACCAGUUUGAGGCUCUUGGCCUACUGAUUCUGCUCCGGCUGUGGCGGGUGGCCCGGAUCAUCAACGGAAUAAUUAUCUCUGUUAAGACACGUUCAGAACGGCAACUAUUGAGGUUAAAACAGAUGAAUAUACAGUUGGCCGCCAAGAUCCAACACCUUGAAUUCAGCUGCUCUGAGAAGGAACAAGAAAUUGAAAGACUUAACAAGCUCUUGAGACAGCACGGACUUCUUGGUGAGGUCAACUAGAUGCGCACCUGCUCCACCCCAACGAGAAGACCCUGCUUCCACGGGCUUGUGUCUCUGAGAGAAAGCUGCCUCUCCUGGGCCCGUUUCGGGAAGAGGUUUGGUUCGAUGCCUUUGCCUCACCUCCACCCAGCUUGGAUUCCGGGGUGGGCAGGUGGUAGGGGGAGGGGGGAAGGCGGGGGAAAGGCUUGCCCUUCCUUUCUUGGCGUGACCAAGAGCUUCCCAUCCCGUCCUCACUCCAUGUCACCGUGUAUCAUAAACUAUAUUCUCUCAUGUUGACACUUUUGCUUGAAAAUGAACGAAGCUGGACAACUACUAGUUGUAUAUAAAAUUUUAUCUCAUCAGUGUACUUUUCACAUUUCGCGUGUAUAUUGAGGAACCAGUGCAUUCUUUCACAUGGGCAUUCUGAAAGACAAAGGAAAAAAGAAAGCUACCUUAGCUACCAGCCCAUUCUAGAAAAGUCUUCUCUUCCCAAGCUGUUCUCAACAGCUCCUCUUGGUGCAUAUUCCUCCAGGGAGGUUGUCCUCAGGUACCCAGCCCCUCCUCUGCCGCAUCUAGCUUCUAACUGGCUCUACCCAGUUCCGCCACCUGACAACUUUUUUCUCAAUUACUGUGCAAUUAAUGUAGAAAAGCAACUCCCUCCCUCGGGACCUCCUACUCUAUUCUUUCCAGCAUCAACUGCUAGGAACUGCUCUGUGGUAUCCUGUACAACCCACCCGUUGGAGAGCUCCAGUGCCGGCCACCGAAAUAGCAAUUAGACCCAAGACUCCAUGUAGUGGAGGUGACACCGGGGAAAGAUCCCCUCAUGAGGCCCUGUGCUCUACUUGCAUGAUUUUGUACAGUUUUGCUAUUUUUGUAUUCGCUUCCACGGGACCAGUAAAGGAAAGAAAACCUGGGCUACAAACAGUGAGUAUUUGUAAAAUAAGUCAUGUUGAAGCAGAGGAUGAACACACUGGAUGAGCCCUCGAUGCCUGAGCUACUUCAGGGUCUGUCCCCUGUACCAUCUUCCCAAAGCUGCAAUUUGCUUUCCACACGUGGCCUACGUGCCGACAGUACUGGAAAUCGCCAAGACCAGACGGUGCCCCAUUCUAAGGUCACACUAAGUAGAAUUUCCAAAAGGAAAAAGGAGGGAAGUGAGCGGAGAGAGGAGAUGUGUGGUUUGAGGGCAACCCCACAGGUCAGAGGUGUAACACCACAGGAGGUCUCCAAGGGAGCCCACGCCCCACAGCACUUGAUUCUAGAGGUGUGGUGUCAUUUCCUUGAUUAAAAACUUACGUCAAACAAAGGGGAAGAAGAAAUUAAACGGCAGCUUGGCAUUGAUGGUUGGCCGAGCCCUGAAGCCCGCCUCUGCAGGUGCAGACACAUCCACAAAAGUAACCGCAGUGGAAAUAAGAACCGUUCUUUCAUUUCCUGAGUUGGUCUGUAAUAAAAAGAGUGAUGUAAGCCCUGCCUUCCAGUGUGCUAACAAAGAUGAGACAUGUUGCGUUCUUUUCCGCACGUGACCGUGGUCAGUGCAUCUCAUAGGUAUGCGGAGGACCCAUCAGCCACUAACUUGGAUGAAAGAUACCACUUUUACCCAGGUUGUCCUAACCCAUCAAUGUCAAUUGCAACUCAAUUUUCAAUGAAUUUUAAGGAUCAAAUCUAAACAAGAACGCUAAUGUGAAUUCAACUCUUGUCAGAAUUUUCUAACUAAAUGACUGCUAAAGUGUUUAAAUUUCAAUAAUUUUUUCACAGAAUAAAUUUUAUCACACUUGA